CGUGUACUCCCAGGAUCUCCUAAGCUUCUUCUCUGCAGGUGGCCAGCUUCUUUCCAAGAGCAGAAGCCAACAUGAGGCCUCUUACCGACGUCGAGACGCAAACUCUCUUCACAAAACUGGCCAACUACACGGGCCGCUCUCUCACCCAGCUCAUCGCACCGAGCGACUCCGACAAAGGCGACCGCUAUGUCUUCCGCCUGCACGAGUCGCGCGUCUACUACGUCCGGCUCUCUAUCGCAAACCUGGCCACCUCCAUUGCCCGCGACAAUCUCCUCUCCCUCGGCACCUGCAUUGGAAAAUUCACAAAGACGGGCAAAUUCCGCCUGCACAUCACCGCCUUGGACGUGAUUGCUCCGCACGCUCGUUACAAGCUAUGGGUCAAGCCGAACGGUGAAAUGCCGUUCCUGUAUGGUGGAAAUGUGGUAAAAGCGCAUGUUGGGCGGUGGAGUGAGGAUUGCCCUGAACAUUCCGGCGUCGUUAUCCUCGCGAUGGAUGAUACCCCGUUGGGCUUCGGCGUGACUGCCAGGAGUACGGCGGAGGCGAGGAAGCUGGAGCCCACCAGCAUUGUGGCGUUCCGGCAGGGCGAUGUUGGCGAGUAUCUGAGAGAAGAGGAUACUUUGUUCACGACUUGAACGCCGAGCUUGUAAGACCAUGUCUUCACUUCAGAAGGUUGGCAUGGAGGAUCUCGUACGAAAGCCAGCUGAGUAUGGGGUUGUGAUUGACCCAAUUCAUCAGCAGGGCUGUGGCUAGGAUGUCGUCUCCUGUGCCAUCACACCAGCUUCCGACAUCGGACGACGCUUGCAUGAAGCGAAAGAAUGAGUUACAAAGGGCAGGCAGCUUCGAGCGCUAUACCGGCUCCCAGUUCAAGAAUCUUCGUUGGCCGAUGGCCGAGCGGGGGACUUACUUCCGUCGGUGACACGGGCGGGAUGUUUGCUGAGUCCGGAUGGGCGAUGAAUGUGGCACCUGGCCCUGGAGAGGUGGUCUAAGUGGGAAGGUUGCAUGGUUGGUAACUUCGAAGUUGUCGAUUGCCAGCACCAACAUCUGGGGGAAUGACACGAGAUGACGCGAAGAAAUGUGGUGGAAGCGAGAUGCUUGAGGUUCUACCGGCAACAGAUCUCAAAACCUUCCCGAGACCGAGCAAUUGGAUUUUGGCCCUGAUCGGAGAGUCAGCGCCAGGAACUCGUAUGGAGUUUUCAAUCUACACAUAGCGAGGUCUUGGAUGGUGAUCCUUCCCUCCCUCCAAAUACACUCCUGGAGAAACAGGGACGAUAUACCUCGUAGAGGCAUCCUAUUCCAACCCAUCAGACAUCCAGUCGACAGUGGCGAAAACAUUUCCUAGUCUGAGGUCUCGCAUUUUCAAUAUGGCCAUGGAUGCCAUGAGGACAGCCUCUCCUUUCUAUGUAUUGAUCAGACGGGCCCCCGUUCUCUCACGAAGACUUAACUUUGCUUGACCUCGACUUGGCCAUACAGCCAGCCUCGCGACCGAGUCCAAUCUGAACAAAAGGCGUGCGGUGAUUGGCGGAAUCUUUCUGCUCCAUCUCACAAAAAGCUGGUCG